AUGGAGGAAACAAGUCAUUCAUGUGCAAAUGAGGGGAAUAAAAGAAAAUCUAAAGUGUUUUGUGUCGCUGGAGGGCCAAAUAAAAAGUCCUGCACAAAUAGUGGUGAUACACCAGGCAUUAGUAUGCAUUGUUUUCCGACAGAUCCGUCUGUACGAAAGCAAUGGAUACGGUUUGUUCGAAGGCAUCGAUGUGAUUUCGACCCCACAAAAUAUUCGUCAAGAAUAUGGUUGUGUUCAGCGCAUUUUGAUGAGAGCUGCUUCUCAAAGCGUUUCGCAAACAAUCUUGAAGGCUUCGAUAACAGUAACACAAAGCGUUUCUUGAUACGCGGCUCAGUACCAACGGUUGAUGCUGUGAAAGGUGGAGAAGAUAGUAUCUCUGGAAAAGAGAAGAGACUU